AUGCCUCCAAGCGGAAGAUCAAAAAAGGGACAGACGGCAGCCCCUAUUCUUAAGCAGUCUGGUCUGGGCAAGGCCAUAAGAGACGGCUGCACUGCUACGAAUUGCUUCUCUGAAAUCUCGACCUAUCUGAAUGGAGCGGCAGCUGGACUCGAUUCUGCGAAGGCCCAGACCAAAAAGAAGGGACACAAGACAAAGAAUACGAAGAAAGGAGUGGCAUCUGCAACGCUAUCGGAAGCCUUGAAAACCAGGAAACAAUGCCUCGACACCGAGCUGGCCAGCAUGGAGCUGCAAUACCUUGCAAUCGCGCAACCCGAGACCUUGGUCCUCGAGCUAUUCAUUCCUAUCAACACCUUUCUGACGCCGGCGGCGGCAGCCGUACCCGAUCUGAGCGGGAGUGAUGCCGUGUGGCAGGCAGUCAAAGCCCUGAUUCAACAUGCCAGGCAAAAGGAGACCCUAGCAUUACCCUCUACGAUAAUAUCAAGUUGCGCAACGGAGUAG